AUGAAACAGUCUCACACACUUGGGCAGGGGCGGCUCCUGGGGAUGCAGUCAGGAGGUGGGGGAGAUGAUGUGGCAGGCGCAGGAGGAGGGGGUGGAGAGGCUGUAUCUGGGGGAGGUGGGGGAGAUGACGUGGCAGGCGCAGGAGGAGGGGGUGGGGAGGCUGAAUCUGGGGGAGGUGGGGGAGACGAUGUGACAGGCGCAGGAGGGGGGGGUGGGGAGGCCAUGUCUGGGGGAGGCGGGGGCGAUGAAGUGGCAGGGGCAGGAGGAGGGGGAGGGGAUGCAACACCCGGAGGAGGUGGCGAGGAGGCCUUGUCUGGGGGAGGUGGGGGCGAUGAAGUAGCAUUGGCAGGAGGGGGGGGAGGGGAGGCACCACCUGGUGAAGGCAGCGGGGAGCCAUCACCCGGAGGAGGAGGUGCGGAGGAAACACCCGGAGGAGGAGGAGCGGAGGCGGUUUGA